GGCAACGUCCCACGCCGAACGAAUAAGCCGCGUACGAAUGUGCAGAGACUCAUCGCGAAAAAGUAGGGGUGCCGCGCGGUGUUCUCCAGGCAUAAAAGAUCCAUGGUUGGUAUAUGUCAGUAUCAGUGACGGGAGAGAGGAACGGUGAGGAACGGUGGAGAACCGUGUGGUCACCUAGACCAGUGGCGGCGAGUAGCCGCCGAUGCCACAUCGACUCGCGAUAUCGGAGAGAAAACAUCGGUUCGCAUCUUUCGCAAUCACGAAUUUUGGAGCCGGCAUUGUCCGUGCGUGGUCGAAGAGAAAGACAGAGUUUCGAAAGGAACGAGCGAAAAGUACGCGCGAAGCUCGCGCAUAUAACUGACGCGGGCGAGAAAGUUCCGAGGAUUACACAGAAGAAACGAGUUUGUAAACGAGGCCGGUCAUAGCCGAGCUUCAGUUCGUCCGGGAGACUCGAAGAGUAGCGCGAGCGCGUGCGAGCGAACGAGCGAGUGGUGUAACGUAGUUAAGAUCGAGUGUUGACGAUAAACUGUUGUGCGCCGGCGAUAAGCGAGAGUUAUUUUCUAUUUAAGAUCUAAGAUCGAAGGCAAAGUUAGUGAUUGAAAAAUUAAUACGGUCGCGACUGUUGUUGUGCCAAUAGUAUCACUUUUUCGGUUUUUAUCGCAUUCACGAUCACAAGUCUUUUGCGCUUGUGUGAAAAAAUUAUUACCGAAUUCGACUGUGAAGGCGGCCAAAAGUCGCGAUGACUAUUCACAAGAAAGGUACGGUGUCAAAGACGAAGAAUGCGGGAAACGCAAAGAACGAAGUGACCACGACCUCGACGUCGUCGGACGUGACAACGACGGAGACGGUCGAGAUUGUGUCCUCGACCAGUGUUGUAGAGGAGUCGAGUCAGGUGAAGGAGAGCGAAUCCAGAAGUAGCAUGGUGGAGGUCACGAGUGCCAGUCGCGAGGUCAUCAUGGAUUCCAAAGGUAAUGUAAUCAAAGUUAUCGAGACACCUCCGCAGACUACUCAGCAAAGUUCGUUCACCCGAAAGGCGGGAAAAAGCUCUCAAGAUUUUAUAGCCGGGGAGCAAGUGCAAUCGAUUAAGCAAGCAAAGAUGAUGCACGAAAUUCCACGCGAGCACGCGACAUCUCUAUCGGAAAGACGCACAAUUCAAGAAGAAAUGACUGAACGUGCUGGUCAGUCUGUACAGACGCAAAGUCAAAGUACAUCCCAUUCGACGGUUCAGCAGUCGAGCUCUUCGAGCAUCGUGGUCGAGAGUUCAUCGGUGAGCGAAGAUCACAGUGGACAUCGCUCCACCGUUGUGAUUGCUCACGACGUCAAGGAUGAUGCUCACGUUCCCGUACUUCAGACGUCGUCAAGGUCCACCGAGAAUACUCACGUGAGUAGCGAGACAAGCGAAGCUCUAACGAAGGAUGGCCAAACGGUGUCGAGUAUUACGAGAAUACGCGAAAUGGAUGGAAAAAUCGACGACAACGGCAAAAUAAUGUCCACGUCGAGCCGGGAAGUUGACAGCGAGCAUACGGUUACGCCUUCCAAUGUGGCUGUCAUUAAAAAUAUCGAUGAUAUCAAGAGAACUGAUGAUAAGAGUACACGCAGCGAUUCGAAAUCAGCGAGAUCAAACAUCGAGAUAUCGACACGUUGCAACAAGCCCGGCCAAUCCACAUGGGAUGGCACGUUCGUCUAUGAGAAACCCAUUACUCCUAAGGGCAAAAGUGCCAUCGAUAAAACGGUACCCGUGAGUUCGAAGAUUCACGGUGACACGAGGGACAGUAAAACGAGCGUUAAAGUCACUCAAGAGGCCUCUUCAACCACAGGGAUAUCAGCUAUUGAUCAAAUAGUAACUUUGAGUUCAAGCGAGACUCGAGAUUCGAAAACGAUAGUCAAUGAAGGUCAACGGUCCGCGAUGACUCGCGAUAUCACAUCAGAGAAAACUGACGAGAGCACGACGGAUUUCACUGGCAAAAAGCAUCCAAAAGAAUCAAUUAGUUAUUCGAAACUCGGCGACUCGACGUGGGACGGAAGCUUUGUCGCAAAAAAAAUUACGACGCAACGACAUGAUGAUUCCGACGUGUUUCAUGGUCGCGGCGACAAUAUCGUGGAAACUACACAAAGAAAAGAUUUCAGAGAGAAGAGUGCAGAUGGUACGUAUGAGAAGGAGUCAUCCAAGACUAAGCGCAUCGUAAAAGGUACCACGGAUAGCACUAGAUUCAUUUCCGAAGAGCAACGUGACGUAAACAGAGAGAGCUCGAUCCAUGUCGAUGGCAUGCCGAGCAAGGAACAGCCUGCUCGCGUAUCCAGCCCGUCGCGACAAAGACCUGAUAAACUUGGCGAUUCUGCGUGGAACGGCGAAUUUCUUUAUGAAAAAUCGCAAGAUAAUGUGAAAAAACAUCCCUCAGACGUUACCGUUGUCCGUAGAACGGAGAAACAUCACGAUUCUGUGGAUGUUCAAGAUGUCAGCGAAGAACAGAACCUUUCAAAUGUCUCCGAAUCGAUCUCCACAUCUUACAUCGUCGAGUACGCGAUUUCGAGCGACAAGAAGAAUGUCGAGAAGGUCACGUCAGUGUCCGGGGUGAUCUUGGAGGAAGACGGUCCUGAGGACAAAGUCACGCGCGGUUCUGCAAGUCCGGAGAGACAGUCAAAACUGGAUACGACCUCGCGUUGUUACAAGCCUGGUCAAUCUGCCUGGGACGGCACCUUCGUCUACGAACGACCGGUGACACCUGAUAGCCGUCGAAGACCAGAAGACAAACGUACGGUAAAAACCAUUGAUAUUCGGGACGUUACAGAAGACAAUUCAAUUAACGAAGCGGAUAUCACGAGCGCCUCUUACAUCGUCGAGCAUUCAUCGAGUCAGCAGAGUUUCUCAGACGUCAGAGAUGCCAGUAGCGCGUCUACCAUGUAUGAAACAAUCGUUCACGAGGGACGUCCUGUCGAAACGACGAUUAGAUUUGACGGAGAUACAUCGCGAAGCAAAGUUUCGACAACGGAACGUCGAACUAGUCCCUCUUCACGACCUAGAAGCCCGGAGAAGACGCCGAAAGAUAGAGAUAUGCGUAGUACCAAACUCGGAUCGUCGACAUGGGACGGAACUUUCGUACUGGAAAAAUCGCAAGAGAAAACGCGACCACCUAGCAGAGAAUCCAUUGACGGCAAGCUACCGGAUAAACCUCGUCCAGCUGAUAGUAAAAAGACACCCACUGAUGCCUCAAAGAAACACGUUAGCAAGACUGUUAUCGAUUUCCAAGAUAUUACGCAAGAUGUAUCUAGAACAUCAGAUAUCUUAGAAAAUUCUUUCGUUAGAGAGCAAUCGAAGACGCACAAAAAUUACAUGGAUUCCUCUAAUCUCGAUUUCUCGACGACUUCCGUCGAAACUGUUAUUAUUCACGACGGUCAGCCGAUAACGACACAAAAAACAGUGACUAUUCAAGAAAGUUCUCGUAGCCCGGAGAGAAGGUUGCCUAGUAGUGAUGUAAUAACUACCGACGUUAAAGAGACCACUGUUAAAAGCCUCGAGAAGAAGGAGUCUCGCGCGGACGAUAAAAGUUACCGACCUCCGAAGCCAGGCUCAUCGACGUGGGACGGAUCGUUCGUGUAUGAGAAACCAGAGGAGAGACGACCAAGCGACAAAAAGUUAUCGAAAGAUACACAUAAAGUUGUCGUAGAUAAAUGGAGUCCAAUUAAAGAAAAACCGGCCGGCGGUGUUGAUCACAAAACAGUUACAAUAUUGGACACGUCAAAAGACGUAACGAGCGCUGCCGAUUAUUCUACGAGCUCUGUCACGGUCGAACAAACGUUCGUCACGGAUUCGGAGACAUAUGAUUCUUCAAAAACGAAUGUAUCAAAAACUUUUAUUAAAGGCACAGAUGAUAAGGUACGUGAAAUCGAUUACGAGAGACCGAAACAAUUAUUUGAUGGAAAACCUCAACCAUCGCCUCGACAACGUCCGGAGGAUGCUAAAGAGCCUAAACACGAGAAGCCGCAAAAAAGUCCGGUAGACAGAACGCAUCGACCGUCGAAGCCAGGUGCCUCCACCUGGGACGGAUCAUUUGUAUACGAGAAACCAGAAGAGAAAAGAACCGGAGAUCGUAAAAUACCAGAGAUACCAAAAGAUAAAUCUGAAACUCUAGAUAAACAAAGCCCUAUUAAAGAAAAAUCAAGUGACAUCGCUGAUCAUAAAACAUCUAUUACAAUACUGAACACAUCGAAAGAUGUCUCGAGUUCUGCCGACUAUACCAGCAGCUCCGUCACAAUUGAGCAAACGUACGUCACCGAUUCAAAGGCAUAUGAUUUGUCAAAUGUAUCUAAAAUUUUUAUCAAAGGGACGGAUGAUAAAGUACAUUCGAUCGAGUAUGACAGACCGAAACAGCCUGACGAAAGACCUAAACCGUCUCCUCGACAACGUCCGGAAGAUAUCGUGGAACCUAAAGAUGAAAAGCCACAAAAAAGUCCGGUGGACAGAACGCAUCGACCGUCGAAGCCGGGUGCCUCCACUUGGGAUGGUACUUUUGUGUACGAAAAGCCGCAGGAUUCGCGGAAGAAACCGACAGGUGACGAACCAACUGAGGUGCCGAAGAAACCGGUGGAAAAACAAAAAUCGAUUGAAAAAGAAAGAAAAUCAGUGGAACAGAAAGAAAAACCAAUGCCAACUCCGAUUUUGCGAAAGCCAACGGAUAAAGAAACGCAGAAAGACCUUACCGAGAUCAGAUGUGUCGAUGUCGCAGAUAUCACACGCGCGGGUAUCACGCGUACAUCCGAAGUGCUUCAGCAAUCCUCUUAUGUAAUCGAUCAGUCUUCGAGAUUCACGUCUGUGCAAGACGUGAGCGAUGUUAAGGACGAGCGUGUCAUCACUGAAUUUACGACAGACACACACAAGGAUGUGAGAGAUGUUACCGAAUCAACGAAGGAAUUUAUCGGUAAGGAACAGGUGACUAGUAUGGUAGCGCGGGAUGUCGUUGACGACACUCGAUUCGAUAUCAUCACUGGCCCGACAUCCCGGUCUCCAGAGGAUUUCACGAGGAAACCGUCGCCGGAGCGACCCGGUUAUCCUCGUGGAAUACCUGGACUCAGGGAGGACGAUCGACCGAAAUCGACUCCAAUUGCUGGAAAGCCUAGUCGAUCUCCGCAGCGCGAGAAAAGUCCUCAGCGACCAGCAGAACGUGGCAGACCUUCCGAAACUCGACCGAAAUCACCGGAAAAGAUUUGGGAUUAUACGUCGCCAACUAGAAAACCGCAGCCAGCGGCUGGCAAGCCGAGUCGACCCGAGGACAGACCUCUAGCACCUGGGAAACCCGAUAAAGAAUCUAGACCCACAAAACCUACAGAGAAGAGAUCGGCUGCGGAACCUAAACCUAGUCGAUUUUCUGAGAAGCCUGAAAAACCGAAGAGAUCGGAGCAAGACAAGCCUAAGCAAGGGGAUCAAAGUCCAGACUCUCUCGACGAGGACGUCGUCUAUCCUGAAUCAAUGCCGGUACCGGAUAUAUUGUCGAAAAUUCCUUUGAAGGAACAGUGCAUUUGCGAGCUUUGCACUUGUGGACGUCAUCGUUGCCCGCACAAUUGGCCUCAAGAACAUUUGGAGCUGCCUCAUGAAGAAUCGAUGCACAUUGCGACUUCCUACCGUCAAGAUUAUGAUGAAAAGCACGUGGAGAAACAAAUGAAAUUUUAUCAUGAAGACCACUUACAUACAGAGGGUGAAUUUAUCGGGCAGAGGCGAACCGAUUAUGGGGCUACUAAAGGGGAGAGAGCACCGAUCAAGAAACCAAAAGACAAUCUCAAACCGGAAGGCGAUUUUGUCGGCAAACCUCGAGAGGAAGCUCCGAAAUAUGGCGAACGAGCGCCAAUCACAAAACCGCAGGAUAACUUAAAAUUCGAAGGAGAUUUUGACACUACAACAACGGCCGAGCUGGUUUUCACCGGCAUUCCUGGCGAACGACCAACCCCGAUACGUCGUAAUACUUUUACGAAGAUAGAGGGUGAUUUUAUUGAUGAAACAACAACGCGAUCGCAAUACAUUGAUCAUCGUAGCAUCCAACGCGCUGAGAUCAUUAAACGAACGGAUAAUCUCACCGUAGGAGAGGGUGAAUUUACGGGUACUUCUCAUAUCAAGGAAGAUUUCCAGACUCAUGUUAUCGAACGUGAACCUCAGUGGCGACCAAAAUAUCCUGAAGAUAUCGAUCGGUUUUAUAGCAAAACUGAUAUCACUGACAGUACUACCACCUCUCAAGAGCAAUUUCGAACUUAUGAUCAGACAGAUUAUAAAAAUAUCACUGUUAUUAAAAGAGCUGACAAUUUGAAACCUGAAGGAUCCUUCGAAGCAUUGCCUCACACAAAGGAUGAUUACAUCACACCAAUAUUGCUGCGCAGACCAGAACCACAAAAGCCUAAAGAUAAUUUAAAACCUACAGGACCAUUCGAAGGACGACCUAAAGAUGAUUAUACACCUAAGCACGGUGAACGCUACGAAGUGAAAAAGCCAGAGGAUAACUUGCGCCCUGAAGGACCGUUCGAAGGACGACCUAAAGAUGAUUACAAACCUACCAGAGGUGAACGCGCUGAUGUCAGACGCCCUGAGGAUAACUUAAGACCUGAAGGACCAUUCGAAGGCCGCCCUAAAGAUGAUUAUGCACCUAAGCGUGGCGAGCGCUAUGAAAUAAAACGACCAGAAGAUAACUUACGGCCUGAGGGACCAUUCGAAGGACGACCUAAGGAUGAUUAUCGGCCAACCAAAGGAGAGCGAGCUGAUGUUAAAAGACCACAGGAUAAUUUGAAACCAGAAGGACCGUUUCAAGGACGUCCAAAAGAUGAUUUUGUUCCGAAGACAGCGGAACGCCCUGAAGUGAAGCGACCGAAAGACAAUUUACGGCCUGAAGGUCAUUUUACGGAUCGUCCAAAAGACAAAUAUACACCCGGCGAGAAACGCACUCCAAUCAAACAUUUGGAUAACUUGUAUCCUGAAGGAGAUUUCGAAAGACCUGAGCCGAUGCCUUAUGGUCCUGGUGAUAGAGCAUCUAUCGUUCGCCAUCCAGAUAAUUUAUUCCCAGAAGGAAAAUUUCCGGAUAAAAAAGUCGAGCCAUUCAGACCUGCUGAACGUAGAACGCCCAUUAAACAUGACGAUAAUCUUCGCCCAGAAGGUGACUUCGUAGGAAGACCUAAGGAUGAUUACAGACCGACCAAAGGGGAACGUGCCGAUGUUAAACGUCCUGAAGAUAACUUACGACCGGAGGGUCCGUUCGAUGCUCGCCCUAAAGAUGAUUUUACUCCAAAGACAGCGGAACGCCCUGAAGUGAAGCGACCGAAAGACAAUUUACGGCCUGAAGGUCAUUUUACGGAUCGUCCAAAAGACAAGUAUAUACCUGGCGAGAAACGCACUCCAAUCAGACAUUUGGAUAACUUGUAUCCUGAAGGAGACUUCGAAAGACCUGAGCCGAUACCUUAUGGUCCUGGUGAUAGAGCAUCUAUCGUUCGCCAUCCAGAUAAUUUAUUCCCAGAAGGAAAAUUUCCGGAUAAAAAAGUCGAGCCAUUCAGACCUGCUGAACGUAGAACGCCCAUUAAACAUGACGAUAAUCUUCGCCCAGAAGGUGACUUCGUAGGAAGACCUAAGGAUGAUUACAGACCGACCAAAGGGGAACGUGCCGAUGUUAAACGUCCUGAAGAUAACUUACGACCGGAGGGUCCGUUCGAUGCUCGCCCUAAAGAUGAUUUUACUCCAAAGACAGCGGAACGCCCUGAAGUGAAGCGACCGAAAGACAAUUUACGGCCUGAAGGUCAUUUUACGGAUCGUCCAAAAGACAAGUAUAUACCUGGCGAGAAACGCACUCCAAUCAGACAUUUGGAUAACUUGUAUCCUGAAGGAGACUUCGAAAGACCUGAGCCGAUACCUUAUGGUCCUGGUGAUAGAGCAUCUAUCGUUCGCCAUCCGGAUAAUUUAUUCCCAGAAGGAGAAUUUCCGGAUAAAAAAGUUGAGCCAUUCAGACCUGCUGAACGUAGAACGCCCAUUAAACAUGACGAUAAUCUUCGCCCAGAAGGUGACUUCGUAGGAAGACCUAAGGAUGAUUACAGACCGACCAAAGGAGAACGUGCCGAUGUUAAACGUCCUGAAGAUAACUUACGACCGGAAGGUCCGUUCGAUGCUCGCCCUAAAGAUGAUUAUUUGCCCAAGCGUGCCGAACGCCCUGAAGUGAAACGUCCGGAAGAUAAUUUACGUCCCGAAGGCGACUUUGAGAGACCAGAGAAAUCAUCUAUUGGUCCAGCAGAAAGACGUACUCCAAUUAAACAUCCGGAUAAUCUUCGACCAGAAGGCAAAUUUGAACGACCUCGUCAGGAUGGUUAUCGCCCAGCAGAAAAACCAGAAGUUAAAAAACCAGUAGACAAUUUGAGGCCAGAAGGUACAUUUGAGAGACCACGUCCUGGAAAAUAUGCUCCAGCCGAGAAACGAACACCGGUGAAACAUCCAGAUAAUCUUAAGCCGGAAGGUGAAUUUAUUGCUGGACCAAAACAAGAUUUCAUACCUACAAAAGGUGAUCGCGCUGAAGUUAAAAGACCUACGGAUAAUCUAAGACCGGAAGGUCCAUUCGAAGGUCGUCCAAAAGAUGACUAUCGCCCGGUGCGUGGAGAACGCAUGGACGUUGUUAAACGCACGGACAAUUUGCGUAUGGAAGGAGAUAUAGAAACAUAUAGAUCCAGAGAUGAAUAUACCGAUUUCUUAAUACGCGAAAGAACUGAAAUUACUAAAUAUCAAGACAAUUUACGUAUGGAAGGUGAAUUUAUUGAUACAAGAACGCGAGAUGAUUUUAAAGUCGUUAAAGGCGAACGCAUGGACGUUGUUAAACAUCGUGAUAAUUUAAAACCAGAAGGUCCAUUCGAAGGUCGUCCUAAAGACGAUUACUUGCCUAAGAGAGCUGAGAGACCUGAAAUUAAAAAGCCGGAUGAUAAUUUGAAACCAGAAGGCGAUUUCGUACGUCGACCUAAGGAAGAAGCACCUAAAAAAGGAGAGAGAGCUGACGUAAAAAAACCAAAAGACAACUUGCGGCCAGAAGGUGAUUUUGAAAGACCAGAGAAAAAACCAAUCAGUCCAGCAGAGAGACGAACCCCGAUUAAACAUUCUGAUAAUCUGAAACCAGAAGGCGAGUUCGAGAGACCGCAGCCUGAAGAAUACAAACCUGCUGAAAGGCCCGUCGUAAAGAAGCCGCAUGAUAAUUUAAAGCCAGAAGGCAAAUUCAUAUCUAGACCGAAGGAAGAAGAACCGAAGAAGGGUGACAGAGCCGAUGUCAGAAAGCCACAAGACAAUUUGCGACCAGAAGGUGAUUUUGAAAGACCAGAAAAGAAGCCAAUUGGUCCCGCUGAACGACGUUCUCCGAUCAAACAUUCUGAUAAUCUGAAACCGGAAGGUGAUUUUGAGAGACCUCGGCCUGAAGAAUUUAAACCUGCUGAGAGACCUGUUGUAAAAAAACCACACGAUAACUUGAAGCCAGAAGGCGAGUUUAUAUCUAGAUCAAAAGAAGAAGCACCAAAGAAGGGUGACAGAGCUGAUGUCAGAAAGCCACAAGACAACUUGCGACCAGAAGGUAAUUUUGAGAGACCAGAGAAAAAACCAAUUGGUCCAGCAGAGAGACGAACCCCGAUUAAACAUUCUGAUAAUCUGAAACCAGAAGGCGAGUUCGAGAGACCGCAGCCUGAAGAAUUUAAACCUGCCGAAAGACCAAUUGUAAAGAAGCCACAUGAUAACUUGAAACCAGAAGGUGAGUUCGUAUCUAGACCAAAAGAAGAAGUACCAAAGAGGGGUGACAGAGCCGAUGUCAGAAAGCCACAAGACAACUUGCGACCAGAAGGUAACUUUGAAAGGCCGGAAAAGAAGCCAAUUGGUCCUGCUGAACGACGUUCUCCGAUUAAACAUUCUGAUAAUCUGAAACCAGAAGGCGAAUUCGAGAGACCGCAGCCUGAAGAAUUUAAACCUGCCGAAAGACCAGUCGUAAAGAAGCCACACGAUAACUUGAAGCCAGAAGGUGAUUUCGUAUCUAGACCAAAAGACGAAGCACCGAAGAAAGGUGACAGAGCUGAUGUCAAAAAACCACAAGAUAACUUGCGACCAGAAGGUAGCUUUGAAAGGCCGGAAAAGAAACCAAUUGGUCCUGCUGAACGGCGUUCUCCGAUUAAACAUUCUGAUAAUCUGAAACCGGAAGGUGAUUUUAUUGGUAAACCGAAAGAAGAUUUCAUACCUACGAAAGGUGAUCGCGCUGAUGUUAAAAGACCUACGGAUAAUCUAAGACCGGAAGGGCCAUUCGAAGGUCGACCAAAAGAUGACUAUCGACCGGUGCGUGGAGAGCGCAUGGAAGUUGUUAAACAUACGGACAAUUUACGUAUGGAGGGAGAUAUAGAAACGUAUAGAUCAAGGGAUGAAUAUACCGAUUUCUUAAUACGUGAAAGAACUGAAAUUACUAAAUAUCAAGACAAUUUACGUAUGGAAGGUGAAUUUAUUGAUACAAGAACGCGAGAUGAUUUCAAAGUCGUUAAAGGUGAACGCAUGGACGUUGUUAAACAUCGUGACAAUUUAAAACCAGAAGGUCCAUUCGAAGGCCGUCCGAAAGAUGAUUACUCGCCGAAGAAAGCAGAGAGACCUGAAAUUAAAAAGCCGGAUGAUAAUUUGAAACCAGAAGGCGAUUUCGUACGUCGACCUAAGGAAGAAGCACCUAAAAAAGGAGAGAGAGCUGACGUGAAAAAACCAAAAGAUAAUUUGCGACCGGAAGGUGAUUUUGAAAGGCCAGAGAAAAAACCAAUCGGUCCUGCAGAGAGACGUACGCCAAUUAAACAUUCUGACAAUCUGAAACCAGAAGGUGAAUUCGAAAGACCUCAGCCUGAAAAAUUCAAACCUGCCGAAAAACCAGUUGUAAAGAAACCACAUGAUAACCUGAAGCCAGAAGGCGAGUUUGUAUCUAGGCCGAGAGAAGAAGCGCCUAAAAAAGGAGAAAGAGCUGACGUGAAAAAACCGAAAGACAAUUUGCGGCCGGAAGGUGAUUUUGAAAGACCGGAAAAGAAGCCAAUUGGUCCCGCUGAACGACGUUCUCCGAUCAAACAUUCUGAUAAUCUAAAACCGGAAGGCGAAUUUGAGAGACCUCGGCCUGAACAAUACAAACCUGCGGAAAGACCUGUUGUAAAGAAGCCACACGAUAACUUAAAGCCCGAGGGCGAGUUCGUAUUUAGAUCAAAGGAAAAAGCGCCGAAGAAAGGUGACAAAGCCGAUGUCAGAAAGCCACAAGACAAUUUGCGACCUGAGGGCGACUUUGAAAGACCGGAGAAGAAACCAAUUGGUCCCGCUGAACGACGUUCUCCGAUCAAAUAUUCUGAUAAUCUGAGACCUGAAGGUGAAUUUGAAAGACCUCUGCCUAAAGAAUUUAAACCUGCUGAAAGGCCCGUUGUAAUGAAGCCAAACGAUAACUUGAAGCCCGAAGGCGAAUUCACAUCUAGACCGAAGGAAGAAGCACCGAAGAAAGGUGAUAGAGCCGAUAUCAGAAAGCCUCAAGACAACUUGCGACCAGAAGGUGAUUUUGAAAGGCCGGAGAAGAAACCAAUUGGUCCCGCUGAACGACGUUCUCCGAUCAAACAUUCUGAUAAUCUUCAUUUAGAUGGAGUUUUUGUUGGCAGACCUAAAGAAGAUACUCCGUUAAAGGGUGAUCGGGCAGAUGUGAAGAAACCAAAGGAUAAUCUUCACGUUCCCGAAGGAGAAUUCGCGAAACGUUUCCCGAAGAAGGUGGAACCGGCUGAACGAAGAACUCUUAUCAAACACGAAGACAAUCUGCAUCUCGAAGGAGAUGUUGUUUACAUGGUGCCUAAGGACGACUUUACUCCAAAGAGAGGAGAUCGUUCGCCAGUUAAAAAACCUCAGGAUAAUCUUCGUCCCGAAGGUGAAAUGGAAAUAUCUCCAAAGGACGAUUAUAAGUAUGUAAACGGAGAACGCGCGGAAGUACGUCGGCAUGAGGAUCAUCUGCGCAUGGAGGGACAAAUGGACAUUCAUCGUUCGAGAGAUGACUAUAAGAAAAUUACGAGAGUGGAGAAAGUGGAUGUUAAGAGACGCGAGGAUAAUCUCAGAAUGGAAGGUGAAUUUAUCGACGUGCGUCGUAAGGAUGAUUAUGUGCACGUAGUUGGUGAGCGCGUACCGAUUAAAAAACAUCCGGACAAUCUACGGCCAGAAGGAGAUUUCUCUCUCGACAGACCUCAGACCGUGGUCGGCCCCGCGGAGAGAAGAUCGCCAAUUAAACAUGCAGAUAAUUUGAAGCCAGAGGGUGACUUCGAGCGUAGAACUCCGGGUAAGAUUGGUCCUGGCGAGCGACGAUCGCCGAUUCGUCAUGCUGAUAACUUGAAGCCAGAGGGUGAUUUUAUGGGACGCCCACGCGAUGAUUUCACUCCUAAGAGAGCAGAGAGAGCCGAAGUUGUAAAAAGAGAAGAUAAUCUAAAGAUGACAGGCGGUUUCGAAGGUACUACAUCUCACAAGUCGACCUAUACGGUAGUUCGUGGCGAGCGAGCAGACAUCAAGUCACACGAAGAUAACUUAAAGAUCAGCUCUGGCACUAUGGAAACAAAAACAACUACCAGAGAUAGUUAUACACCUUCUAAACAUGAACCUUCUCCCGGUAGAACGGUAAAUCGUCGCAGGCACGUAGAAUCGUCUAUCUCGCUUGGUGACGAUACCACUAGGAUGAUUACGACGAAUCAACGUAAUUAUAAUACCUACACGAAGCGUACUGGAAAAGAUAUCGCUACAAAGAUGGGUCAGAUGGAAUCGGAUACUAGAAAGACCAUGGAAUCACAAACUUUGGCAGAUGGAACUGUCGUUACGACCGUAAAACGUACAACGACUUCCGCUCAGUCCAAUCAGAGAGCCACCAAUGCCCAAACUAUCACUCAUCAUCAGCAAGCGCAACAUGUCACGGACCGUCGUACCAUUCAAGGAGGAUCGAGGAUUGAGGACAAAUCGAUCACAGAAGGACUAAAUCAGCGAGGGCAAAUCAUACGAGGGGAAGAUACUUCUCAUUACACUAUGAACGCUACGCACGGUGAGUUUCAUAAACAGCAACAUCAGCAACAUCAGCAACAACAUCACGUUGAGCGUCAUCAUCAGGAAAUGACCAUGCGCGAUUUCGUGAACACGCAACAUAUGGAAAAUAGACAGAGAUCCGCGACGAAACAGCACGAGCAACACACAAUCUCUAGUCAAGCGCGAUAUAAUUCAAACAGCCCGGAAUUCCGGCAGUCGGUCAAUGGGCAAACGAGCGUGGAACGAUCGCAAAUAGACUCAACUGCGAAAUUCAGUCACCACCGCAAGAACGUGAUAUCCUCUUCGUCGGCUGACGUCAGCAACGCGGUGCUUCACCGACGCGGCGCCGCUACUUCUACAGAGGCGCUUCACACGAUCUCGUCGACGGCGGCGGAUCAGCGCAAGAGCAUUUCGAAUCUGGCUGAAAGCGGACGAUACAUCAGUAAUUCGACUCAGAGCAACGACAGACAUAGCUUGACUUCGCUGCAUCGCAGUUCUAAAGAAGUCAAUCCCUGGGCCUCUUCUAGCUAUGAACGCCCUCAGAGAAUCGUUCGACAGGAUAAUCUGACUGUUGGAGCAGGGAAGUUUUAUUCGCAAAGUGAGGCAAAGAGUUAUGGCAAUUUCUCACAGAAUACUCAGAAAGUAGAAAGGAUCCAGAGGCAAACAAAUGCAUCUCACAUUAAUUUGGGUGAUGGUAGUACCGUCAGUUCUAGCAUAUAUAAAAAAGAAUACGUUCCUAGGCACAGAGGACCGUGUCCAGCAACUCUUUUGGAAGCUAAACAGGCGCCUUUCAAGCACACGAGAGACACGCCAAAGCACAAGUUUUACAUGCCCGUCGUGUCAUCUAAUUAAAUUGGUCUAUAAAACUUAAUAUUUUAUUCAUUUUUUUGUCAAAAAUUAUUGAGUAAUGAUACUGAGAUAUUGAAAUUAAAAUUUCACUUGGUGAGGGUAGUAUAAUUGUACACAUUUAUAAUCAUACAUAAUAUUUUGAAAGUUAUAUAUCGACCAUCGAGUAAAAAUAUAUGUAAUAAUUAUAAUUAAUUAUACAUACAAAAGUUAAUAAUAAUUAAUUAUAAUUAAUUAUUAUUAUGCUAUUAAUUAUGAAUUACAAUCAUUAUGGAAAGAAUAAUUUUACAUAUAGCAUUUAAAAAAUUGGCUUGAUACAGAUUAAAUAAUUUUAUGUUGUACCAUCAGAAUAAUUAUGUAGGAUGUCCAAGCAUGAUAAGAUUGCAACAACAGUUUUAUCAAAUUAAACAUCUGAUAUAAUUUUUAAAUGAUUCAACAUAAUUAUUUUCAAAUUUGUGUUUCAGCAAAAUUGUUCUUUCCGUAUAAAUAAAAUUAUAUAUAUCACAUAUUAAAAAUUUUAUUUUGCAAAGUACUGAAAUUCUGCCAAGGUUAACAAUUAAAUAAUCCGAAAAGGAUUUCCUCGAUAAUACUGUGAUGAUAUCUUGCGCUGUUGAAAUGAAUUAAUUUAUAUUUUAUAGCCAUAGAAAAAUUAUUCUGUGUAAAAACAACUAUGGCUACUUGUUUCUAAAUCAUGAUAUUAAUGGAUGAGAUUUGAUCCGAAAUAUAAAUAUCUCUUGUACAGCAAUAUUAAAUGUAAACUGUUAAAAUAGACUUACUAUAUGCGGUUUCUUUUUAGGAUGCAGUCGCAAAUGAAAAUAUUUAUAUGGUCGAUAUAUAAGUAUCGAUUACUACUAACUUUUAUCUGCCCACGAGCAGGUAGCCGCCCAUUAUGUAUUUCUUUCAUCUUAAAAUACGUGUAUACAAAGCAAUAAUUAGAGCUUAAAUUCAUACGGUCGGAUCUAAUAGAAUAUUAGUUUCGUCCGAUAAUUAGGAUAGUAGGCGCAUUAUGUUAUUCUAUUUCGCUGACUUUGAUGUAAUGUGAAAUUUUUAAAUUGCAGUUACUUUCUUGCUUAUGUUUUAUUUAAUUUUCAGCUUAUUUUAUUGUCACUUUUGUUUGGCAUCGUGUAAGCAUAUAUUUUCAAAUAUUAAAUGCAAGACGUAUCAUUUUCUUUUCUUUUUUGCUUUAAUACUCAUUAUAAAUAAGUAACUCAAUUCUUGGAUGUUAGUUUAUUUCAAACUUUAUAUUGAACAUUAUUUUAGUCAAAUAAAUCGAUUUGUAAUUAUUUGUUGCAUGAGUUUUAUUUGUUACCAUUUUAUUUAUUUUAUUAACACAUUCACGCGAUCGAACAGCGCAUAUGUGGUAGAAGAAUAUUAUCAUUUGUUGCUCAUACAAUACAAUGUGCUCCUGUAUAUAUAGCUGUCUUAUAGAGGUUAAUUAACAGGUAAAAAAUUAUAUUAUAAAUAAAUCGAAUUAAAAACGAUUAGAAAUUAAGAUUUAAGAUUUUAAUUGUUGAGGUCUAAUUCAAAAUAGGUUGCGCGUAUCAAUUUUAUUAAAUAAAUUAAGUCAAAGGAUCUGCCAUUAAAAAAUAACGUAAUAGAAAUGUAUAUAUGUAUAUUGAAGUUGACAAUCAGAUCCUUAUUGAUAUUAUUAGCAUGGCCAUAGGCUGUUCGCAAAUAAUGUGAAUGGAUAAAGCUUUAUCGGCCCCAUUGCUGAUAUAAAAAAAAAUCGCAUUUAUGUUCCUAAUUCUUUCAUAAACUCGAAUGCAUAGACAAUAAUGGCUCUGGUGUGUAUACUAGAUUUUACGCACUUUAGAGGUAUAUAAAUCUAAAUAUAUUGAGAGAUAUUAGAAAACGUUAUUUUUUUACUGUAUUUUUACUAGAUUCUAAAAUUUAUAUAAUACAUAUGGCAGUAUCUAAAAUAUAUCUGUACCUCAAGUCAAAACUAAAUUAGGUAAAUGAGCGCAAACGAAUGAACAACUUGUGACUGCAGUUUACAUUCAUUGAAGUAAGUUGUUUAUUCAUAUUUAUUAGCACACUUGCUUGAUUUGGAUCCCGUUAAAAUAAUAACUUUUGAUCAAGCGGAACAUUUAAUAAUAUAAAAUAUGAUAUAUUAUAAUUCGCGCAAAAUGGCAUUGCUAUUUUACAUGUAUCAAUCAUUAUACAGAUAAGUUAUACAGAUAAAUAAGUAGAAAAAUAGCAAACUCAAAAAUGUAAAUGAUUGUAAAUUUAGAAUUUUAGAUAAGCACAAUAAAAAAUAGUGUAUUUUACAUUUUUUAAAUUUUGUGACGUAGGAAGAUUUUGCAUGCUAAUAGAUUUUUAUUAAAAUUGAAUUCUUCGUAAUCAUGAGUAAAAAUUCAUUUAUAUGCCAUUCUUAUAAAACAAGUAAUUAAAAAAUGAAUAUAUUGAUA